CUUUUCCUCCUGUCAUCAUGGAUGUUGCGGUAACAGCACGCUGGGAGGAUCUGCUCUUGUGACCUUGGGGGAUGGCAAGGCUACGGCCCUUUCCUCCCUCGCAUGGCGCGUGGCUGCUUGCUGGAGCAUGCAUACUCAUAGCCGCUACCUGCUCCGGGGUGCCGCUCGGGAGUGAGGGAGAGGUGGUGCAGCAGUACCACAAGAACCUGGAGCUGCUGCGAACGCACAAGGCGCUGUUUCCAUUGGAGGAGGAGGACGGAGACAUGCUAGACGUCUUCGAGGAUCGGAUGGACCAGGCGCCGACGCGCAACGACGGGGAGAGGAGGGGAGAGGAGAGCAGCGGCAAGACUUCUAUCUGGUGGGUUAGUGUGAAUACCAUACUGAUGGCGAUAGCAAGUGGCUUCGGAAUCGCCAACGCACUUGCGUCCGGAGUGAUGCUGGCAGCAAGCUUUGGGCUGAUCUACGAGGGUCUGGAUGGAUCGCAUGCGGCAAGCAAUCUCCCGCGACUGAUCGUCGGCCUCCUCCUCGGACUAAUCUUUAUCGUCGCUUCUCAGAAAGCGGUGGACGGGCACGAGAUCUCUAUGGGUCAACUUCAAGGGAUGGACGCGAAGAAAGCGAUGAUGGUGAUGGGGAUCAUGACACUUCAUUCCUUCUCGGAGGGUUUGGGGGUUGGCGUGAGCUACGGGGGGAGUAAUGGGAGCCGUCAGGGUAUGGUGACCACGUGGGCGAUCGCGCUGCACAACAUCCCCGAAGGCCUUGCGGUGAGGGAGCGAGGAUGA